AUGAGACAGCUCAGAGCGCUGUGUGGAUUCAUUCUGCUGACCCUGGCCGUCUUCGCCGCCGCCAGGCCAAAAGCAGGUCCUGAGCAGAAAUGUAAGUCUGGUCCAGUGGACCUGGUCUUCCUCAUCGACAGCUCCCGCAGCGUUAGGCCAUAUGAGUUUGAGACCAUGAGGAAGUUCAUGAUUGACAUCCUCGACACCCUGGAUAUUGGACUCAACACCACCAGGGUGGGAGUGGUUCAGUACUCCAGCCAGGUCCGCAGCGAGUUCUCUCUGAAGACGCACAGCAAGCUGGACACCAUGGUGAAAGGCAUCAACCAGAUCAUCCCCCUCGCUCAAGGCACCAUGACUGGGCUCGCCAUCAGAUAUGUGAUGAAUGUAGCCUUCACCGCAGAAGAGGGAGACAGGCCAAAGGUCCCCAACGUGGCCGUGAUCGUGACAGACGGACGCCCCCAGGACCGUGUGGCGGAGGUGGCGGCUGAGGCCAGAGAGAAAGGCAUCGAGAUCUACGCCGUGGGGGUGGCCAGGGCCGAUAUGACAUCACUGAGAGCCAUGGCGUCCCCGCCCUUCGAAGACCACGUCUUCCUGGUGGAGUCAUUCGAUCUAAUUCACCAGUUUGGACUGCAGUUCCAGGACAAGCUCUGCGGCGUGGACCUGUGCCUGGAGUCGGACCACGGCUGCGAGCACAUCUGCGAGAGCUCCCCGGGCUCCUACCACUGCCUCUGUCUGCCUGGAUACACCCUGAAUGACGACGGGAGAACGUGUGCAGCCAUAGAUCUGUGUGCUCAGGGGAAGCACGACUGUGAGCAAAUCUGCGUGAGCUCUCCUGGUUCCUUCGCCUGCGACUGCAACAAAGGCUACAAACUGAACGAGGACAAGAAGACCUGCUCAAUGAUCGACUACUGUUCGUUUGGGAACCACAGUUGUGAUCAUGAGUGUGUGAGUGUGCUCAAUGGCUAUCGCUGCCGCUGUAACGAGGGAUACAGGCUGCUGGACAACGGCAAGACCUGCAAGGCCAUUGACCUGUGCGCCGAGGGGAAACAUGACUGUGAUCAAAUCUGCGUCAGCGCGCCGGGCGUCUUCACCUGCGACUGCAACCAAGGAUACACACUCAAUGAGGACAAGAAGACCUGCACGCCCAUUGACCUGUGCGCCGAGGGGAAACACGACUGCGAGCAGAUCUGCGUCAGCGCGCCGGGCGUCUUCACCUGCGACUGCAACAAGGGAUUCAAACUCAACAAAGACAAGAAGACCUGCACAAACAUGGACCUGUGUAACACGGUGGAGCAUGGCUGUGAGCACCAGUGUGUGAGCACUCCGGGAUCCUACUACUGCGUCUGUCCAGAGGGACAGCUGCUGCAGGAGGACGGCAAGAGCUGCGGCACCUGCAAGUCUGCCAACAUCGACCUGGUGCUUCUGAUUGACGGCUCCAAGAGCGUCCGCCCUCAAAACUUCGAGCUGGUCAAAAAGUUCGUCAACCAGGUGGUGGACUCUCUGGACGUGUCCGCUCAUGGUACCAGAGUGGGUCUGGUCCAGUACUCCAGCCGGGUCAGGACCGAGUUCCCCCUCAACAUGUACCACUCUGCCGAUGAGAUCAAAGCUGCAGUCAUGAAGGUCGAAUACAUGGAGAAAGGAACCAUGACAGGUCUGGCCCUAAAGCACAUGCUGGAGAACAGUUUCUCAGAGGCGGAGGGCGCUCGUCCCUCCAGCCGCAACAUCCCCCGGAUCGGACUGGUCUUCACAGACGGACGCUCCCAGGACGACAUCACUGAGUACGCCAAGAAGGCCAAGGAAGCCGGUAUCACCAUGUACGCCGUGGGCGUUGGAAAAGCUGUCGAAGACGAGCUUCGCGAGAUCGCCUCUGAGCCCGUGGAGAAACAUUUCUAUUACACCACCGACUUCACCGCCAUCAGCACCAUCGCUGAGAACCUCAAACUCAAUGUCUGCCCAGAGGAGAGUCAGGGGGAGAUCGAGGUGAAGGACCCAUGUGCCUGUGAGAGUCUGGUGGAGUUCCAGCAGGCCACCAUGAGCAGCCUGGAGCAGCUCACACAGAAACUGACUGGGAUGACUGCUCGUCUGGAGCAGCUGGAGAACCAGCUUCUCUCCAGGAAGUGA